UUGGGUUUAUAACCAGCCGAAAGGGGGAAUGAAAUCUCCGGUGGACGAGGUCCGAUUUUUCUGUCGUCAGUCGAAUUUAUCCCUAUAAAAGAACCGUGAAAUGUCGAUUUUUUAAAUUUUUCUUUCAUUUUUUCUUUCUUUAAUCUCCGGACAGGAGAUUCGUUGAGUUAUCCACCAAAUUCGAAGAGGCCGAAAUGGCGCACAGGCUCCUCUUGACCGCGAGGAAGUUGGAGAGGAUGAUCCUCGUCGGUCUCCAGAAAGGCUCUUUGGACUCUUUGACCUUGAACAAGAGCCUUUCACAAAUUACAAAGAUCCCUGGAGUCCCAUCCAUUGGAUCAAUAUGGCAGGAUUGGAAGACGUUUUGCGAGAAUCCACCCAAAGGUUUUGAAAAAUUCUUUAAGCCAAAAGAGACUAAAAGCGCCAAAGAGUUGAAGAAGGAGGGCGAAAAGGAAGACACUGAAGCUGCUGCUCUAAAAGAAAAGUCGCCCAAAUCUCCGCCUCAACAACCUCCUCCUACUAAACAGCAGCAGCAACAGCAAUGGUCUUUUGGAGUUUUUGGUAGCCCGAGAACUGGUGGACCAGGCGGGUCAGGUCCAGGAAAACCGCUAGGCGAUUCUGAAAAAGAAAAAUGGCUCCUUCUUGGUCUGAUCGGGAUGGUUGGUCUCAUCGCAUCCAUAGCACUUUAUGAGAUGGGAUAUAAAGAAAUUACCUGGAAAGAAUUUGUAAAUAAUUUCUUAUCCAAAGGUAUAGUAGAAAAAUUGGAGGUGGUGAAUAAAAAAUGGGUCAGAGUUCGCCUAACUCCUGGAAACAGCGCUGAUGGACCGGGAGUGCUAUGGUUUAACAUCGGAAGUGUGGAUUCAUUUGAACGGAAUCUAGAUAACGCUCAGAUGGAAAUGAACAUCGAUCCACCAAAUUAUGUCCCUGUAAUUUAUAGGACUGAAAUCGAAGCGAGUAGCCUCACAAGUUUUCUUCCCACCAUUCUCAUCAUAGGCUUCUUGAUAUAUAUGAUGAGGAGAUCUGCAGAUAUGAUGGGUGGUAGGGGCAAGAAAGGAGGAGGCCUUUUUGGCGUUAUGGAGUCAACUGCAAAACUGAUCAACUCUUCCGACAUCGGAGUCAGAUUCAAAGAUGUAGCUGGUUGUGAAGAAGCCAAAGUGGAGAUCAUGGAGUUUGUUAACUUUUUGAAGAACCCUACUCAAUAUAUUGAGUUAGGAGCCAAAAUCCCAAAGGGUGCAAUGUUGACAGGUCCUCCUGGAACUGGUAAAACUUUACUAGCCAAAGCAACUGCAGGAGAAGCUAAUGUACCUUUUAUAUCUGUUUCUGGAUCAGAGUUCUUAGAAAUGUUUGUCGGUGUUGGCCCAUCUAGGGUCCGUGACAUGUUUGCUAUGGCAAGGAAACAUGCUCCAUGCAUUCUAUUCAUCGAUGAGAUCGAUGCCGUAGGAAGGAAAAGGGGCGGUCGGAGUUUUGGGGGGCAUUCAGAACAAGAGAACACUCUUAAUCAACUUUUAGUUGAAAUGGACGGUUUCAAUACAAAUAUGAACGUAGUUGUAUUAGCUGCUACAAACAGAGUUGACAUACUAGACAAAGCUUUAAUGAGACCUGGUAGAUUUGACAGACAGAUAUUCGUUCCCGCACCUGAUAUUAAAGGGAGGGCAUCCAUUUUUAAAGUACACUUAGAGCCUUUAAAAUCUAAUUUAGAUAAGGCUAAUUUAGCGAGAAAGUUAGCAGCACUUACACCCGGAUUCACAGGCGCUGAUGUAGCAAAUGUGUGCAACGAAGCUGCCCUUAUUGCUGCAAGGGACUUGAACACAUCAAUAAAUUUAAAGCAUUUUGAGCAAGCAAUUGAAAGAGUGGUCGCUGGAAUGGAGAAAAAAACAAACGUGCUCCAACCUGAUGAGAAAAAGACGGUUGCUUAUCACGAAGCCGGUCAUGCUGUUGCUGGGUGGUUUCUUCAGUUUGCAGAUCCUUUACUGAAGGUUUCAAUUAUUCCAAGGGGAAAAGGCUUAGGAUACGCGCAGUAUCUUCCCAAAGAACAGUACUUAUACACAAAAGAGCAGCUGCUCGAUAGAAUGUGCAUGACUCUCGGCGGUCGAGUAUCCGAGGAGAUUUUUUUCAAUAGGAUAACCACAGGAGCUCAAGACGAUCUACAAAAAGUGACUAAAAGUGCAUACGCUCAGGUUGUGCACUACGGCAUGAAUGAAAAAGUUGGUGCAAUCAGUUUUGAUAUGCCUCAGCCUGGAGAAAUGGUUUUUGAAAAACCCUAUUCAGAAAACACAGCACAAUUGAUUGAUAAUGAGGUUAGAUGUUUAGUUGAUAAUGCAUUAGUUAGAACCAGGGAGUUGUUGAGAACUCAUAAAACCGACGUAGAAAAGGUUGCGGAAAGGCUUUUAAAACAAGAGAUACUGAGCAGGGAGGAUAUGAUUGAGCUACUCGGGCCGAGACCUUUCCCGGAGAAAUCCACUUAUGAAGAUUUUGUCGAAGGUACUGGGUCGUUCGAAGAAGACACAACGCUCCCUGAAGGCCUUAAGGAGUGGAACCAAAAACGGGAAAGCGAUAAGCCAAAUAAAGGCUCACCUUCAGAAUCGACAACCCCCCAGGCGUCAGUUUAGUUUUUGUUAGAUAUUUUUAUUUAGGCUGAAUAUAUUUUAUUUGUACAAGUGGUUCGCUAUCUGUGUGCAGAGUUCACAUUUUGUAAAUACAUUUUGCUGUUCAUAGUGAACGGCCAAGUGGACAAAAAUUAAAUCUAUUACAAUCUUU